CGUUUCUUCUGCGCUCUAAGUUCAGAAGGAUAAAUUCAUCUUUGCGCACAAAGUGACAAGGACCUGUCAGCCACCACUCCGUGUGUAGGUAGAAGGUUGAGAGAGUUUGUAUAGUUCAAUAGUGAAGGGGGGGGAAACAAAAACAAGUUUUUAACAAAAGCUACUUGUAGAAUCAGUUGAUAAUAGUCUGGGUCAAACACUUUGCUGCUGCAGACAACAUCCAGACAACCAUGGAGUGGGGAUUACCUUGCCGGACAUCACUUUGCGGACUGAAGAUCAUGCUUUGGGUUUGCUCGGUUCUGUUUAGCGUAGCUGGAGGUGAGAUGUCCCACGCCCACCCCACACUGAGUGUUUCAGCUCCCCACCUGCAUUAUACCUGUCCUGAAGGUGCAACUGUCAAAAUGAUGUGCAGCAAGAGAGGUACAGCCCUGCACGAUACUGAUGUCUUGAAGUACACCUGGCUUUUCACGCCCCAUAGUGAUCAGCACUGUACAGGACGGGCAGGCCCACGCCAUACUACCAUUGGUACGCAUUCCCAUGGCAAUCACACCUUGCCACCAGGGAUGGAAACUGCAGCUGCAGAGCAGAACUUCUGGAUUGUUCUGAAGAAUGUGACCCACGCUGACCAGGGUCGCUACUGCUGUGUGGUUCUGGACUUCCAGCCUGAACAUAAACACGCGACCAUCGUGCAGAAACCCCACAGCCAUGUUAUUCUGCAUGUUACACCACGGAGAAAUGGAUCUCUAGAUUGUACCUUCUGGGAUCCCACACCACCUGGAGGCUCUGUGCCAGUGGCCUUGGCUGUAGCAGCCUGCAUCUUAGCUCUGCUUUCUCUCCCUCUUAUCCUGGUGCUUGUGUACAAACAGAGGCAGAACACCCACUCGGGCAGACGUGCACAAGAGUUGGUGAGGAUGGACAGUGAGGCUCUCGGCCAUGAAAACCCUGUGUUUCUGGGGGGAUCACCACAGACUAAGACCCGUACUGUGUCUCAGAUCAUGACCCGGCAAAACUCAGAGACAGGCCGCCACCUGUUGUCUGAGCCAGGAACGCCCCUUUCUCCUCCUGCACAUGGGGAUGUAUUCUUCCCAAUAGAAGACACCAUCAUUGAGUCACCAGAGUUCCUGCAGGUUUAAAGGGCUCUAACUGCUGAUCUGGAGACAGUCCUGCAACUCUCUUCCUCUUCUCUCUGCCUCCAGAGCGAUGUUGCCCUUAUGUGCUGUCUCACAAUAACCUCUGCUGGGGUUGUGGUCUGUACAUUCUCUGGACCGCAGGAGGGAACAGACUCUGUUUUUUAAUUCAAAAACUAUUUAGACCUGCAACAACAGCUGGAGGCCAAAAAAAAGCAAACUUUUGCUUGGGAGCAUUUGUGUUGUCGCUGUGGCUUGGUUUAUGUGUGAUGUUCCAUCUAAACACUGAUUCAUGAGCAAACAGCAUGAGAAGAACCAAAAGUGUUGAGGGUGGGGGUCCCGCCAGGUGCAGGGGUAUAAUGGUAAAAGGGAUAACAGUUUAUGUGGUUUCUAAGGCUGCUUUCACACCUACAGUAACUUGUUUUGUGCAGUUCAAAGAAACUAGAAAGUGAAUCAGAAAGUGAAAAGUGAAAAGUUUAAGUUACAUUAGUGUGUGUUUCUUGCAUCCUAUUCUGUAUAAUUUUGUAGUUUGUAGCAGAGCGGCCAUACUGACACCAAGCCCCUCUAUUAUAUCACAAUACAAGACUCAUUUGUGUUCAGUGUCUGGCCAUUCCAUCGUUUUUUAUGACAGAAGUGAUAAAUAUAUGUAUCACUUGCCAGUCACUGGAGUAAACUUGGUUUUUCCAUCCUUAGUUCAUUUAGUGCUAAUGAUCAAGGAUGUGACUAACCAACACUGUCCCGCGAAUGAGUUAUUUGUCAACCCAUGUACACAGUUCACUUGUAAUAAUUCAAUAGGAAAGAUAAAUGGACUAGAACUAAAAGACAACAGGGUAUAAUUUUUUGGCAAAACACACGUGUGAAAGCAACUGAAGGCUCUCUCUCAUCCCUGGCGUUGUUAUCAAGUGCUCAAACAUCUUCAUAUCAAAGGAUGCUCAAUCGUCAGAGAAGUCCUGCUAUUCUUGCACAAGUUGACAGUAAUUUGUUUUUAUGGCAUUACACCGUUCAUCUGUAUCAUUUCCACUUGGCCUCGGCUUCAUUUCUCUUCUCUUUCCUACCUCAGUUACUGUAAACUCUGCUCUAAAUGCUCCACUUCCUUCCUGUGCUCUCAGAAAUGCAGCACUUCACAGUGCCCUUAAAUAUAUUUAGAAAGUGCUGAAAACUGCAGUAAGUAUUGUGGGUUAUGUUUGAUAAUAGUUCAUGAAUGCCAUUUUUGAACAGUUAUAAUUAAGAAAAAAAUAUUUGAUUUUCUCUUGAAUGUAGCCCAACACAAAACAUCAUCAAAAAACUACCAACGGUUUAACCACUGCCAUCUCAAUGCGGUUUUGGUGAAUCUUUUUCUGAUUAUUUUUGUUUUUGAUUUCAUGUGUCUUGAUUUGAUUGUUGGGAUGUGUAUAUCAAUGUUCAUUUGUGUUUUUGUGUGUGCAAUGGGAUGUUAAUAAGUAAAUACUAUUUGGCACAGAUGUGGAGGAAUGGUAUUGAAAUUUUAAUUCAAUCAUAUCAAGGUAGACUGCGAGAAAAUGAGACAUGAUUGUGAUGAUAUUAUUACUUAGUUGUGACUGUGUGUGACUGAAAACCACUGGUGGUUUUCUCAUAUUGAGGUUAAAUAUGUACAGAAAGUGUAGAAAUCAUCUCCAAAUGAUGUGUAGCAGGUGUAUAGGACAGGGUGUUAUGUACAAAAUGUUUUUUCCCCUGAAAGUUUAAUGUGUGUGUGUGUUUGUGUGUGUGUGUGUGUGUGUGUGUGUGUGUGUGUGUGUGUGUGAGUGUGUGUGUGGUCUAGUUUAAAUGUGUGCGCAUACUUGCAUGCGAUUCUGCAUCUGUAUGCAUGUGUUUCACAAUGUAUAAAGGUUGUAUUACACAUACACACAGAGGAAUGCAGUAAAAGCCUGUUUGUUCUGUAUACUGCAUUUAAAUUGUCUCACUUGUAGCUUAUAUAAUAAAAUGGAGCUCUUAAACCUUAAA